UUUGCCACCGGGUCUGCCUUAUAUUCUUUCAUCCCUAUAUUCUUAGAUCCAUGGUCUAUACCUGUUUUCAUCCGUUUAAAUUUCUAACCUGCAUUUAUAUUCUUUGUGUACGGAACUAACUGCAUUAUUAUAAUUUACUGUUUAUGGUUGUAAUUCUUCGUCUAGCUAAAUUUUGAAACUCUCUAAUCGAUAUCCGUUGCUUCUAACAACGGUGCGCAUUUCUUUUGAUAAAUGCUAUUUUCACCGCGCUGGCGGGAAAAACGUAACCUGUCGUUAGACCGCCGAAACUGAAGAUAUUGACGGAUAGAUUGUGAAAUAGUUGAAGUUGAGAUUUGCACGUGUGUACGAUAUCAAAUGGCUGAAAGAUUGGAAGAUCUGAAUUUACCCAAUGCUGUGGUUACCAGAAUUAUAAAAGAAGCUUUGCCUGAUGGAGUUACGGUUGGAAAAGACGCUAGAACAGCAGUAGCGAAAGCUGCGUCUAUUUUCAUAUUGUAUCUCACGUCAUCUGCCAAUAUAAUAGCCAAGAAAGGAAAUCGCAAAACUAUCAGUGGACAGGAUGUUAUUCAAGCAAUGACUGAUAUCGAAUUUGAUCAGUUUGUUGACCCACUGCAAGAUUCAUUGGAAAAUUUUAAGAAGGUUCAAAAAGAAAAGAAAGAUGCUACAUCAAAGAAAAAGCAACAGAAAAAGGAUGAAGAUGAUGCAGGAGAUGAAGAAGAUACUUCUGGAAGAGAAAUUAUAGUUUUCUGAUGCGUAUAAUUGAGCAGUUGUAUAAUUUUUUACCACUUAAGUUAUUAAAAGAAAGGGAAAGGAAAAGAACAGAGAUAUCAAGCGCUCAUGUGUGAACAAUAAUAAAAAUCAUACAUUGAUAUAAACAAAAAAUAUUAAAAUACUUUUUUAAACUCUAUAUUUAUGUACGUCGUUUUGAAUUAGUUGAGAUAAAUGAUUUAAAGAUUGUAUACAAGUGAAUUAUUUGCAAACGAGAUUUUUAUUAUAUUAUUCAAUAGGAAAUUUGUUCACGACUAAUUAACAUAACUAAUAUACAUAAGUGACAAAGAGGAAAAUAUUAGAAUUUAAAUUUCACAGAUGAAAUUUAAAUGAUCAGUAAGGCUCAACUUGAAGGUGUUUUCACAUGGUUAUUUAUAAAAAUUUUGUUGUAUAAAUUAUCAUUUACAAAAGCUUACACGCAACGCUGGUCUCCCAUUAUCGCAUUCAACUACAAACAGAUCUUACAGUCGCUUAUUUUCAUGGUUUCUCUCAUAUAUAUACAGGGUGGACCAUUUUAAUCCAUCCAGUCGAAU